UCGAAAUUUCUAGGUCUUAUCGAUCGAUCGACCAGGUGGUAGCGCCAAUGCAGGGGAUUAGCAAGCUCAGGGUCGCGCCGCUGUCCGGUCUCCGGCUCGGGAGCUCUGGAUUCCUUGGAAGCGCGCGCGCAUUCCAGACGAGCUCCACGGCGUUGUUUCGGCACGAUGCGAGCCCCGGAUUUGGAGCUGGGGUCGUCCGGGCGGCAAUGCGGCCGGAUGGAUUGCCUCACAAGCGCCCACACUUUGAUAACUGGCAGAGGUCUCCUCCGGUGAGCACUGAGCCCCCAAAGCCGCCAGAGCCUCUCACGGGUGGAGUCAAGUACAAGCUUAGCGACCAUUGCACGCUCGUUAUGUGGAAGGGAGAUAUAGUCAUCUGGCACGUCGAUGGACAAACUGAUGCUAUUGUUGCUCCAGCAAACAAGAAAGUGAAUGCUGGCCUGGGGAUCAAUGGAGCAAUUCAUAGAGCUGCUGGCCCGAGGCUCGCUGAUGCCGGUGCAAAGCUGCCGGAUAUGGCACCUCAAGGAGUGAAAUGCGUUAUCGGGGCAGCGGUCGUCACUAGGGCUUUCAACCUCAAGGUUUCUCGAGUCAUCCACGCUGUGGCUCCAGUCUAUCAGGAGAGAGACGAUGCUUCACCCCGGGAUCUCAACAGCGCAUACAGGAGUGCUUUGGAGCUCGCCAACCGGGAAGGAGUGAAAUACAUUUGCUUUGCUGCGAUGUCUUGCGGCCUCUACGGAUAUCCUUACGACGAAGCAGCUGAGAUCGCCUUGACGCAAUGCUUGCGGAAUCACGGAGACAUCCGGGAGGUCCAUUUUGUAUUGAAAGAACAGGACUACUACGAUACAUGGCUCGACGAAGCGAAGCGUAUUUUCAAGUGCUGAAAGAGCUCUUCGUUCGUUCUCUUCGUUUUUCUAAUAGAAAAUUUCGUACCACGAAGCUCAUCCUUUCGAAAGGGACAUUCCAAUGCUUUGCGGAUAUUCCCGGCAUAAUUCGUUCUCUAGGGUUUGUCAAAAGCAGAGCAGAGGAGGGGAGAGCUCCGGGGAUGGCUUCCACGGAAGGUCUGGUGCCAAUCACCCGGGAUUUCCUAUCCAGAUUCUACGAUCGCUACCCGUUUGAGGCGCUCGCGCCGGGGAUCGCCGCGGCGGAUUCGCAGCUCCGCGAGGAGAAUGAGCGGAUGAGCAAGCAUUACGCGGAGGAAUCAGGGAACGAUCUCAUCCUUGACUUGUCGUUCGAUUCGCCUCACAAGAUCGACGAGAACUUGUGGAAGAACCGGGAGCAAGUGGAGGAGAUUUUGUAUUUGCUGGAGAAGAGGCACUGGCCUUCCUCUCUAAAUGGACCACAAAUGCCUGACAAGCUUUACAAGCUAGCUCUGGAGCUACAGAGCUUGCUCAAGUUCAUUGAAGACUACCAGUAUUUCAGCUCUGAAAAGAUCUUCAGCAUGAUUCUUACGUACAUGCCUCAAGAUUUUCGAGCGUCUCUAAUCAAGCAGCAACGCGACCGCUCCGAGAAGAAGCGGCAAGCCGAGGUAGAAACGCUCUUAAAUGGUGGUGGUAGCAUUCAGGAAAAAUAUAAUCUACUGUGGAAACAACAAAUGGAAAGACGCAAGCAAUUGGUGAUGCUGGGAUCUGCUUCAGGUGUGUACAAGACGCUGAUAAGAUUUCUCGUCGGUGUGCCUCAGGUCCUUCUGGACUUCGUGCAACAAAUAAAUGAUCACAACGGCCCCAUGGAGGAGCAACGGGAGCGGUACGGGCCACCACUUUAUCAGCUUACUCAACUCGGUUUGCACAUACGAAUCUUUCUGACUUUGUGGUGGAAGACAUUUAAUCGUGACACGACGGCUCAAGACAGCCGCUUGGACUUGCUGGAGGAGUCCGUGAAGCUUUAUUCGUCGGAACUCAAGCGUUUUCUGACAUUUUUGAGGGAAGUUUUCGAGCAUUCCCCGUUUCUUAUAUCGGCGGAAGAAGCAGGAACAAAUGGGGGAAAGACCAUGGUCAAUGAUUUUAAGGAAACCGUGAUCUCCACAGGGAAAACUCACGAGGUUCUCUUGCCCGUCGACAGCGAGGGAUCAUACGUUGCGUGGGAGUUUAAACUGACAUCCGGGAAGGACGUUGGCUUUAGCGUCGAAUACAUUAGCUCGAACGGCGCAAAGAUGCAAAUGCUACCAUAUCAACGAUAUGAUUCGCACCAGGGAAACUUCUACUCGCCGGGCGUCGGAUCUUACAAACUAGUCUGGGACAACUCCUACUCCACAUUCUACAGAAAAACCGUGCGGUACAAGGUGGACGCCAUCCCUCCCGUCGCGGACGCGCAGAAGCUCGAAGACCAAAAUUGAAAAACGGCAUAUUCUUCAGAUAUCUAUCUCGGAUAUUCUACAGAAUAUUCUUUUGGUGGGUUUAGGGUUAGUUUAAUUUAAAUGUGGUACUUUUACAAAUCACGGUAAGCUUAAUUAUUCUAUGGGAUAUUCCUACAGAAUAAGUUUUGGUGGGAAUUCUUAAGUUUAGUUUAGUU